AUGUCGUUCUUCAAGCGAUUCGGAGGCAGCAAGACCUCACAACGGUCUUCUGGAUCCGACAACGAGUCGAGCGCAGCCAGCUCGCCAAAGGGCAGCGGCGAGGGCGCCGGCCUCACCCUCACAAAGACCACAUCCUCCUCCAGACUCGGCCGUGUGUUCUCGGGCGGCUUCCGCUCAAGAAAGCUCUCAAACAAGGGUGCAUACGCCCACCUUCACAAGCCAUUCACCCCCGAAAAUCUCGAGCACCAGAAGAUUCUCAAUGCGUUCGAGUGGAACUUCGGCACCAAGAGAAAUAGCUUCGACUCAAGCUUCAGUGGCAUCAGCCCUUGCACAUCCCGACGAGGGAGCAUGUCAGACGGCGAGCGAUCACUGCCACCGUUCGACUGUGCCGACCUGAGCGCCCGCAUCAAGAAGAGCUCCAUGGACGACGAAGAUGUCGCCCCUGACGCCAUGCCCUCCAACUAG